AUGGAUCAUGUGAUUGCUGGCAAGUUUAAACUUGGAAGGAAAAUUGGAAGUGGGUCUUUUGGGGAGCUUUAUAUAGCUGUCAAUGUACAAACUGGCGAGGAGGUAGCUGUCAAGCUGGAGCCUGUGAAGACCAAGCAUCCGCAGCUUCACUAUGAAUCAAAAUUGUAUAUGCUUCUCCAAGGAGGAACGGGGGUGCCUCACCUGAAGUGGUUUGGAGUUGAGGGAGACUACAAUGUGAUGGCGAUCGAUCUUCUUGGACCCAGUCUGGAAGAUCUGUUCAAUUAUUGUAACCGGAAGUUAACAUUGAAGACAGUGUUAAUGCUUGCUGAUCAAUUAAUUAACAGAGUUGAAUAUAUGCAUUCAAGAGGUUUCCUUCACCGUGACAUAAAGCCAGACAAUUUUUUAAUGGGCCUAGGACGUAAGGCAAAUCAGGUCUACAUCAUUGACUACGGCCUCGCCAAAAAAUUCAGAGAUCUUCAGACUCAUAAGCACAUACCGUACAGAGAAAACAAGAACCUUACAGGCACAGCUCGGUAUGCGAGUGUCAACACUCAUCUUGGAAUUGAACAAAGCAGAAGGGAUGAUCUGGAAUCUCUUGGUUAUGUUCUCAUGUACUUCUUAAGAGGAAGUCUUCCUUGGCAGGGACUGAAGGCGGGUACCAAAAAACAAAAAUAUGACAGAAUCAGUGAGAAGAAGAUGACAACUUCCAUAGAGGUGCUUUGCAAAUCAUAUCCCUCAGAGUUCGGAUCAUACUUCCACUACUGCCGAUCUUUGCGGUUUGAAGACAAGCCCGACUACUCCUAUUUAAAGAGGCUUUUUCGAGAUCUAUUUAUUCGAGAAGGCUAUCAAUUUGACUAUAUUUUUGACUGGACUAUAUUGAAGUAUCCGCAGAUUAGUGGAAGCUCUCGAGGGAGGCAUGACAGUGGCAAGGCGGCUAUGAAUGCAGGGCCAUCUGUACAGAGGCCAGAAAAAAUCUCAGUCGGGAAAGAGCUUCGAGAGAGAUUCACUGGGGCUGUUGAAGCAUUCUCGCGGAGGAACCCAACAAGUUCUAGUCCUCGCCGUGACCAUUCUAAACAUAGGGGUUUUGAGGAUGUAGCAGCCGUGGCCAAGGAUGCGCAUCAUGAUCAAGACAAGGGACGCAAUUCCGGCCGAUAUGGAAGCAGUUCAAGAAGACCUAUAAUCUCAUCAACAUCCAAGCCAAGUUCAUCCGGUGAUCAUACUGACAGUCGUACUGGCCGUCUGACCUCAUCUGGUAGCCGUCCAUCAACCGCACAUAGAGUUCAACCUAUGUACGAGACCAAACAACCAACCUAUACACGACCAGGAUCUACUAGAGGCAACCGCGAUGAUCCUCUGCGGAGUUUUGAACUCCUCUCUAUCAGGAAGUAA